GAGCGGCGGCGGCGGCGGGCGGCGCGUGCGCCAAGAUGGCGGACGGGAAGGACCCACUGCCCAAGCUGAAGGACCUGGCCUUCCUGAAGGAGCAGCUGGAGAGCCUGCAGCGGCGUGUGGAGGGCGAGGUGCAGGCCGGCGUGGGGCAGGACGGCUCGCUGCUGGCCUCCCCGUUCCUCAAGGGCUUCCUGGCCGGCUACGUGGUGGCCAAGCUGCGCUUCUCGGCUGUGCUGGGCUUCCUGGCCGGGGCCUGCACCGGCAUCUACGCUGCCCAGAACUACGCGGUCCCCAACGUGGAGGAGACGCCCUGUGACACAAAGGCUGCCCCGAGCCGUCACCACGCUCAGCACCCGUGCUCCGUGCCCUCUCACACGCCUCGCCCUGGGAACCUGCUUUGUUGCGGCCUCCCUCCUGGCGCGAGGCAGAACCCCCUGUCCUGCCGCAGGAGUGCAGCGCUCAGGCUCAUUCGACCCAUGGCACAUGGCCUGUCCUUGGACGUGGUGGCGCAGGAGCCCGUGCGGGCUGCCAGCAGCUGGCCCCGGCUGCGACGGGCGCUCCGCAGGGGGCUGUGGGCGCUGAUGCUGCUGCUCUCCGUGGCCAUCUACGGCUCCCACGCCCCGCUGCUCACCCUCUGCAAGGUGGACGGCAGGAUCCCCUUCAGCUCGGCCGCUGUCGUGGUGCUGGUGGAGGCCACGAAGCUGCUGCUGUCGCUGCUGCUGCUGCUACUGACGGAGCGGGAGCUGCCGCGGGCCGCCGGCUCCUGGCGCCACGCUGCGCCCUUCGCGCUGCCCGCCCUGCUCUACGCCGCCAACAACAACCUGGCUGUGCACAUGCAGCUCUUCAUGGACCCCAGCACCUUCCAGGUGCUCGGCAACCUGAAGCUGGCGAGCACGGCGGGGCUGCACUGCGUGCUGCUGCGGCAGCGGCCGUGCCGGCGCCGGGGACUGGCGCUGCUGCUGCUGCUGGCCGCGGGGUUCAGCUACAGCUGCGGGGGGCUGCGGGCGCCGGGCGCCGGACCCCGCAUGCAGCUGCACGUCACCCCCCUGGGGCUGCUGCUGCUCGGCCUCUACUGCCUGCUGUCGGGGCUGGCGGCCGUGUACACCGAGGCCGUGCUGAAGGCGCAGGAGCUGCCGCUCAGCCUGCAGAACCUCUUCCUCUACUCCUUUGGGGUGCUGCUCAACUUGGCUGGCUACGCCUGGAGCGGCGCCGAGGGCGGCUUCUGGCGCGGCUUCUCCCCCUGGGCGCUGCUAGUGGUGCUCACGCAGGCCCUCAACGGCCUCUUCAUGUCCGUGGUCAUGAAGCACAGCACCAACAUCACGCGGCUCUUCGUCGUGUCCUGCUCCAUCCUGGUCAAUGCCCUGCUGUCCGUCACCCUCUUCCACCUGCAGCUCACCCCCCUCUUCUUCCUCGCUGUCUCGUGCAUCGGCCUCGCUCUGCACCUGUACUACGGGGCCACGUAGCCGCUGCCUGCCCUCGGCGCACCAGGUACGGCUCCAGCCUUUGCCCAGGGGUGCCUGUGCUGGGGCUGCCUUGGCACAGCAGUGCUCCUGGUGCAGGGGGCUGCGGAAGGGAGAGCCCCUGACCAGAGGGGAGGGCAGAGUCUGUGCCUUGGGCCACGCCCAGCCCCUAGAGUGGCUCCUGAGCCCCUUGCUUCUGGUGGCACUUCCCACCUCUGCUGCUUUCCUGCCUGGGCACAGGCUCUGUGUGGAGCAGUUGGCAAGGUGGGGGGGAAGAUGGGAGCUGUUUCAGCCACUCUCCAAAAGGGAGAAAACACCCCAGCUGAUAUGGGCACUGGAGCAGCAGUGUCUGCCUCUAGACGCUGAUUAAAGUUGGGGUUGAACACACACACAUGUGCCUGUCCUCCCUGCAGGAAGGCGGCUGCCGCAGAGGGGCAGGAGCACCCGCUCUGUUCUGGUAGCUGGUGUGUAGCUGAGUUCUGCCCCAACCCCAGGGGUGCUCACGAGCUGGCCCCUCUCCAGAGGCCCCCAGGACAGCAGGUGUCAGGCUGAGUGGUGGGCACAGGGCUGUGCCAGGCAGAGGGGCAGAAGGGAAGUUGCUGCCAUCCCACACACCCUGGGCACACAGAGUGCUGGUGCCCAGGCACAGAUAAGGGCUGAGCAGGGAGAGAUCUCAGUCACCUGCAGCUUUUCCAGCCCUGGUGCCAGGGAAGGGCAGAGCCCUGGGCAAACCCCAACCCUCUGUGGAGCUUGGCGGUUCCCUGGCAGCAUCCCAGAGUCACAGGGCAGGGCCCAGCCUGGCUGCAGACCUGGCAGGGCUCCUGUGCCAACCAGGAGCACAGCCCUGUGACCGAGCACAGCCCCGUGCCCCAGCACAGCCCUGGCUGGGCUGCAGGAGGACGAGUUUCGGGUUUUUCAGCCUGUGCUCGCUCCAGGGUCCCUCCUGCAGAGUGAGGUGACAGGUAAAUGAGCAGGGACAGCUUUUAAUGAGGGGCAGACGGGCCAUGGGGCCAGGCCAGUGCCACCUGCCUACAGCCAGCUCCCUGCUCCCCCAGCCCCAUUGCCCUGUGCUUGUUCCUUGCCCCCCACCCUGACCCUCCCUCCGCUCUUUCCCCAGGAGGUUUUGCAUCCCCAUCUCUCGCAGCAUCCCAUCAUCACUUUUCUCUCUAUGAGACGUUUGCUGGAUAACCCAGAAUAAACCGAUUUCCUUCUUA